AGCUACUACGCUGAAGACCGCUACUCCAUUUUAAUGGCCGUGCUAUUUGCACAAAGUGUGCGGCUCAAGUUGUGAUGUUCGUGUCCUGGCAGCGACUGUUCGUCUCCCGUCGUUGUUGUCGCACGUUUGUGGAGAAGGAAGAAGAAGAAGAAAGAAGACGAAGAAGAGUCAUGUCGAGGAGGAGAAAAGACGAGAAAUGAAGAGUUUGUGCUGCUCUGAGCUGAAAACAUGGGAGCGAGGGCGUCAGUGUCGUUCUGUAACGACCCGUCUUCUGUGAGAAUCCUGAGGCCCAGUCCUAAAAUCAGCCCGGAGCUCAUUUGUCCCACGCUGGUGUCGGAGCCUGAACUGGUCGCCAGGUGUGUGUUUGGUGUUGCCUUGGAAAUACUGAGACAGGAAGGACAGACGGUCAGUGGCAUACCUCUCGUCCUCAGAGACAUGGUGGACUUCCUGGAUAAGAAUGGCAUGCAGCACAGAGGUCUGUUCCGUCUGUGCAGUUCCGUGCUGAGGACCAAGCAGCUGAGGCAGCGCUGGGAUCACGGUGAGAGGGUGAAUCUGGAGCAGGAGGGAGACGUUCCCACCGUGGCGUCGCUCCUCAAACUCUUCCUCCGGGAGCUGCCCGUCCCCGUAGUUCCUGAACCUCAGCGCCUGGAGCUGGUCCUCAACCUCUCAGGAUACGCAGAUGAGGCAGAGCGGAAUCGCUCCCUGAGGGAGAGUCUUCACCACCUCCCCGCCGACAACCUCAUCAUUUUGUCUUACCUCAUCCAGUUUCUGUCCAGAGUCGCCGCUCACAGCCACUCCAAUCACAUGCCUGUGGAGAAUCUGGCCACCAUCUUUGGGCCCUGUCUGUUCCAUGUUCCAGUUGGACCCAGGAUGAUAGAGGAGCAGAGUGUGUGUAACACACUGUUGCUUCGUCUCCUGCAGCAUCACAAGGUUCUGUUUCCACUCACAUCCGAGAACACAGCGACCUCCUCCUCCUCCUCCUCCUCACCGCCUCCCCCAACUCUCUCUGCUCUGUCACACUUUGAGGUCCGACCCGGCAGCUGUCACAUGGAGGCAGAAACCACUUCACUCUCACUCACCGGUGAUUUUGAAACAAUAUGGAGACGAGCUCAACUCAGCAGUGCUGACACACUGACUCAGAGUUGUGAAACCACGUCUGACGUCAGCGCUGACAUUCAGAGGCUGAUUCCAGACCUGGAGGCUCCGCAAGGAGAAGGUGAACGUAUGAAGACGAGCCGCGUGACCUCGUGCCUCGCUGACCGCGGGUCAGAGCAGCGUCUGUGUCAGACUCCACCGCCACAAAAUGAAACUUUUACAAAGACGUCACAGCUCACCUCGAUAUCAAACGCAGAGGAGAAGGCAGACAGAAAUGAGGCCUCUACAGAUUCUGUGAGAAAAACCCAAAAGCACAGUGAGCACAAAGUGAGUCUCCUGUGCCGGGUAGAGAACAACGCAAAAGAUUCUGAUCGGAAGGGGAGAAGAGGAGGAGGAGGAGGAGGAGGAGGAAGUGGUUUUCCUGACAGACUCAGUGAUUGCAGAGGCAGGAGAAACAGCUCUGACAGUCCCUCCCUGAAGCUACAAGCCCUGGAGGCUGACCUGGGACCCGUGUCAGCGGCUCGGGACCAGGACCGAGUAGUACAGGACGUUCUGCCCGUUCUGCAACAACCUCCUUCCACUGAGGAGCAGCAGAGUCUGUAUUUGAGCCCCAAGCUGUUCUUCCACUCGCCACCAUCACCACCUGCUCAGGAUCAUAACUUAAUUGGUUUAUCGCAGCCUGUAGAGACCUCGUCCCCUCACUCAUCAGAGUCCAGUCCGGUCCUCUCCACUGCCAGUCUUUCCAAGGACUUCUCCGCAGACGACACCAUUUCGAGCAUCACCACCAGCCCGCUGCUGUCCUCUUUUACGACGACCGACUGCCCAAUUCCGUCGCCGCGCUGCCACGACCUCAGCCACGGCCUGCGCUACAACUUAGACCCCGAUGCUGCGCCGUCUCCACCGUGUUCACAGCACAUACGCGUGGCUCGCCGCAGUGUCCACACUGAGCCAGACGAGGGCUCUGUGUCCAUCACAGUUCUCAGCAGACACAUCCACAGCCUGAGGAACAGGAUCAGGCAUUUUGAGGAGUGUUUUGAACAGGAGAAGCACUAUAAGCCAGCCCAUAAUGAUAAAACAGCCAACCCAGAGGUGGCCAGGCUAAUGAAGGAGCUUGUCAAGAGUCGCAAGCAGCUUAAAGAGCUCAAGCUGAGACAGUCAGAAGAAACAGGUGUGAGAGGACACGGCGGUUUUAAACCGUCGACCAAAACAAGGAGGACCAAUGCCGACCAGAGGGAGGCGCCACUGACAGGAAGUGAGCUGCAGCAGCUCAACAACAACAGCAACACGAAGCCAGACGUGGAGGAGACAGUCAACAUCAUCACCAACAGACUGAAGGAGAGGCGGCGAGAGCUUGGCCUGCCUGAAAGCAUCAAGGAGAUGACACAUUUCCAGAUGAUGCUGGAGAAAACAAACAUGCAGAAGUGUUUGCUCUACUUUGAGAGUCUGCACGGACGACCGAGCACAAAGCUGGAGCGAACGCUGAUGAAGCCUCUGUACGAUCGAUACCGUCUCCUCAAGCAGCUCCUGCUCUUCUCUGCAGCCUCGACCGUCAUCACGACCAUCGAGGAAGAGGACGGCUCUGAUGAAGGGCGGAGUCCCAGGCUUCAGCCUCUGUGCCUCAAAGCUCCCCGGCGUGUGUCCUCGGAAGAGUCGCCGCACUCGCCUUCCAUGGAAACGUCUGACACGCCGCUGGUGUCGCCGCUGGAGGAGGUGAAGGGUUUCCAGCCGCAGAUCGUCGCCAUGGCAACGUUACAUGAAGCUUCAAGACCAGAAUUACUGGAUCACCUCAGGAUGACUCGAUUAGAAAAGCGACGGCUUCAUCAAGCGCUCCGAGACUUCGAGGACCACUUCUAUUUGCAGACCGGCAGGACCUGUCAGAAGGAGGACCGUGGACCGAUGGCGGAGGAGUACUGCCAGUACAAGAACCUCAAAGCGAAGCUCCGCCUCCUGGAGGCCCUGCUCAGUAAACAACAUGACUCAACCAAAACUAGUUGAGUGAACUCACAGUGGGACUUUUCAUCAUUUGUGACAAAAUCAGGAUGAGAAGGAGCCAGAAGGUCUGGUCUCCCUUUCUUUUUUCUUUUCUUUUUUUUCAUGCCAUGCUCGUUAUGUGGAUGCACUUUACAUGAAGGAAAAACAGUGAUGGACGUUUUUUUCCCAAAGACCCAAAAACACAUUUUGUCCUCGUCAGGUAAUGAAAUACUCAUAUAUUUAUACACAUCAUUGUAGCACGUGAACCAAGUGAUGUAGCACUAACCUGUGUCCAAGACGAAGAGCUGUAACAACCUGAUGUUAGUCACGUGUUAGUCAUUUUAACAUUACUGUGCGUAGAAUAUGGUACUUCGCUUCUAUUCCUUGCCAAAAAAUUGCUAUUUUUUAUGUCUAUAGUUGAUGUGGAAACUUCAUUUUAAAAGAUAAAAAGUGCUAUC